CUCGCUCGCGCGCGUACCUCACCAAUCUCUAUCGUCUUCGUUCCUGCAAACCCUAACCCUAAUCUCUUCGAUUCCCAAAAGUUUUCCUUUCUCCGAUCAUCAAUGUCCCUUCACGAAUCGUAGAUUUGCUGCAAAUCGUUGUUUUGGUUUCUCGUACAUGUUCGAUUCGAUGGUUCUGUAUCUGAACGUCGGAAUAUCUUCGCGUGGAUCUGUUUGAUCCAGGAGAAUUCGGAUCUGGGUGUUUGAUUUUUUCGUCGAAGGGUUUGUGAAAAAUGUCGAAUUUGUAUGGAGAUUACAACCAGAAGAUCGAUUACGUGUUCAAAGUCGUGUUGAUCGGUGAUUCAGCUGUCGGGAAAACUCAGUUGCUCGCUCGUUUCGCGAGGAACGAGUUCAGCAUCGAUUCCAAAGCCACCAUCGGGGUCGAAUUCCAGACGAAAACGCUCGUGAUCGAUAACAAGACGGUGAAAGCUCAGAUUUGGGACACGGCUGGGCAAGAAAGAUACCGGGCAGUGACGAGCGCAUACUACCGAGGAGCUGUAGGGGCGAUGCUAGUGUAUGACAUGACAAAGCGUCAAUCCUUUGAUCACAUGGCGAAAUGGCUGGAAGAACUGAGAGGGCAUGCCGACAAAAACAUAGUCAUUAUGCUUAUCGGGAACAAGUGCGACCUCGGGAGCCUAAGGGCAGUGCCGACCGAGGACGCUCAGGAAUUUGCGCAGAGAGAGAACUUGUUCUUCAUGGAGACAUCCGCCCUCGAGGCCACCAACGUCGAGACGACGUUUCUGACAAUCUUGACGGAGAUAUACCGUAUAAUCAGCAAGAAACCGCUGGCAGCUGAUGACGAACCAGGUGGAAGCUCGUCAAGUCUCUUGAAGGGGACUAGAAUUAUCAUUCAGGGAGAGCAAAGGACGGAAAAGAGAGGUGGUGGCUGCUGUGGUGGCAGCUCGUAAUCUAUAUAUAUACCUGAAAACAUACCUUUUUUUUUUUUUUGCUGUAUUUUUUCAUGUUGUUUUUGUUCAUCGAUCACUAUAUAACUGAUUCUUGAGAUACAUACAUGUAGGCCAUUUGUUGUC